GACGCAUAUAGGCACCGGAUAAAAACAUAUUAAGCUUGCAUACCUCUCAGUUAUGGAUAUAUAAAGGGGACGGUAACAUCCUCGCAACAAGCAUUUAUCCCACUACCACAUCCCCUAACUCCAUCCCCCUACCCCUUUCCCCCUUCUUGCUUGACUUUUGCAACAAUGACUCGCAACUUCAUCUCGCAAGGUUUGAUCUUUUUGGCAAUCACUCUUCUUGUCACUCAGCAAGUGGCAGUGGCCUACCCAUUGGAAAGUCUAGAUUCAGUCGUUGGAAGAUCAGAUUUCUCCAUCGAUCAAACAUCAUCUUCUCCUUUUUUCUCACGUUCAAAACGUAGUCUUUCUUCUUCGGUAAAAUCCUGCUUAUCAAAAACAGGAGCAAAGUUAACAUAUCCAUCAAAUUCAACUUAUGAUAACUUAGCAAAAGCAGAGAAUACAAAUUACGGCAUCCUUCAUCCGGAUGUAAUCGUUUCACCAAGCUCAACACAACAAGUUGCCGCAACUGUUAAAUGCGUAGCUGCCGAUAAUGGAAAUACAAAAUUCUCUCCUCGUGGCGGCGGUCAUGGUUAUGCAGCCUAUUCGCUAGCAGGAAAUGUGGUGAUGGAUUUCAGUAAUAUGACAAACAUCGUUGUAAAUUCAUCCACAAAGCAAGUCGUAACCGGUGCAGGAGCAACUCUUGGUCCAUUGGCAAAAGCGAUGGGUCAACAAGGAUUUGCACUACCACACGGAACAUGUCCACAAGUUGGUUCUGCUCAUGGCUUAGGCGGUGGAUGGGGUUACGCAUCCCGAAAAUGGGGCUGGAUGAUGGAUCACAUCGUUGCAUUAGAACUAGUCGAUGCAAAUGGUAACAUCAGAACUCUCACUCAACAAUCUACCGGCUCAGACGCAGAUCUAUGGUGGGCAUUACGUGGUGCAGGUAGCAACAACUUUGGCGUUGUGACCCACUUCACUUAUGCGAUGGAACAAGCACCCCCUUUGACCACAAACUAUAACCACGUCUAUGGCAGCAAUGCUGAUUGUGCAAAAGUUUUGUUGGUUUUGCAAGAUCUCGGCAGUAAGACGGACGCUAACUCCGGCCUGCCUUCCGAAUUCGGUGCAGAAUUAUUGAUGUACGGUGAAAAUUCUGGAGAUGAUGGAGCAUGCAGUUUAUCCGGUCAAUUCUUGGGUAGCAAGACAAGCUAUCAAAGAACGAUGAAGAAGAUUAACAGUGCACUUUCUGCUCAAGGCGUUACAGCAACAAAAGUUUCCGCUCAAGAAUUCAACAAUUGGGUUGAUGCUUUGACAAACAUCAUGGGUAAUCUAGAUCAACCAAAGGUGUACGAACCAUACUAUGCUCAAAGUAUCAUGGAUGACGGAACACCUGGCUAUACAGCAAGUAGCGCAAAAGCCAUCACUGAUGCAAUGCAGGCCGCAGUUGGUGUUGAAGGAUCAGGGAACAGUAUCUCUUUCGAUCUAAACGGUCCUCUCUCUGCUACCAAUGCUAACCCUGCUUAUGGAGCCAUGUCUUUCAACCAUCGCAACAGUCUCUUUUUCAGUCAAAUUUACUCGUACGCCUUCCCUGGCUUUAACGAUCCAAGCGCACGAUCAGACGCACUCCAGAAAAUUUCCGCAAUCACGCAAGCCACACGAAAUGCAAAGCCAAACGGUGAUUGGCAUGCUUAUCAGAAUUAUAUCGAUCCUGAAUUAAAGAAUUUCGGAACGGCCUAUUACGGAAACAAUCUAAACAGAUUGAAAUCCAUCAAAUCAACAUCUGAUCCAAAGACCAUCUUUGACUUCCCUCAAGGUUUGGCACAUGCUUAGUCUUUAUAUGACUGCUCUAAUACUGCUCAAUUGUACAAUAUCACAUUAACAUAAUUUUAACAUAAUGAACACCUUUUUCAAAGCAAUAUCACCUAGGAUUUUUGAGCGUGAGAUAGUGUACACUUGUUCAACUUUCAGAGAUGGGUAACCAGAAAUCCGAAUCCAAAAUUUGUUCAACAGUCAUUUG